AUGGAAUCACCAACAUCCAUUGCAUUCAAGAUCCUUCCUGCUACUGAAGAUGACUUCUUAGCACUGGCAAGGGUGGAAUCUAUUUCCAAUGACACCGUAUCGAAAACCCCGAUAGAAGCAAAUGUCUCACGCAUUAUGUUCGGUCCUCCCAAUGAGGAGAACCACCGAUUCCGGGCAAAGGGUCUUGCGGACAAAUUACAAAAAGAUCCUACAAUGAGAAAUUACAAGGCUGUAGUAGAAGAGGACGGCAAAGAGAAGAUUGUAGCUUGGGCUGAGUGGAACUUUUAUACCGAGGUCGAGCCGAUCAAGGAUUGGGUUGAUAUUGAUUGGCCGGCGACGGCAAAUGGUGCUGCAUGCAAUGAUAUCAUCGGAAAGUUCACAGCUCUGAGACAAAAAUAUAUGUCUGGGAAGAGAUACGCUUUCUUACAGGUACUUGCUACUCUUGAGGAAUACCGCGGCAAAGGAAUUGGAUCGGCCAUGAUCAAACAUGGUCUGGCUGAAGCCGAGGAAUUGGGAUUGAGUGACCUUUGGCUCACUGCCUCGGCGGAUGGACAUGAUCUGUACGCUAAAUUUGGGUUCCGGGACAUUGAACCUACUUUGUCACCCGAGGAUAUUGUCAAGUAUGGAGGAUCAGGAGACCCAAAUGUCAUGGCAAUGGGGCGAUUUGACUAG